CAGCCUUCUUGGAGAGAGGAUGAGCGGCGCCGGCGCCGGCGGUGGAGUCCUGGGCGCAGGCUCGUCGUACCAGAGGUUCGUCCACUCCGCGCUGGAGCUGACCCGCCUCCGCACCGCCCUCACGCCACACCCCUCGCAGGAGAAGUUCAGGUUCAUACAACCCAAUGACGACACUACAGUUUUGAAUGCUCUCUCGUACAGCGCUCCCAAAAUCAGAAUGCUCCGCAGCUUGACGGUGGAGAAGAAAAACUCAGUUCAGGUUCUUGACUUUGCUGCUUUCUCUGAACCUGAAUAUGACCUUCCUAUAUUUUGUGCCAACGCUUUCACAACUCCUGCACAAAGUAUUGUUGUCUUAGACCUCAAUCCUUUAUAUGAUAUCACUGUAGACAAUGAUUACAAAGAUAAAUACUACAGGGACUUGAUGCCUCUUGUACAGAAGUAUAGUGAGCUUCUGCCAUGGGGCGGCAAGAUUACGAGUGAGUCCCUGAGAUUCUUCUCUCCUAUCGUGAUCUGGACUAUAUUUGAGCCAACUGAAUGUAACCACGAUGUUCUAUUUUCGGCUUUGAUGGAUUACUAUAAGGUUUGGCUUCAGUUAACGGAUCAAGCUACUGAAGAAAACGACGCAGCAAAAAUUGUUCGCAAUGGAGAAGCGCAACAUAGAUAUCUCACAUGGAGGACUGAAAAGGAUCCUGGCUAUCCACUCCUGAAGAGGUUAAUUGGUGAAAGCCAGGCCAAGGAUUUGGUGUCUGAGUUCCUCUUCGAAGGAGUGAAUUCUCUUGGAAGUAAAUCCUUCCUGGACUAUUUCCCUGAGUACGCACGUGAUGACGGGACGGUGAACAAGAAGAGGAGUAUGAUCGGGAAAUCUUUUGAAACCAGGCCUUGGGAUGCUACUGGACAAUUCAAUGCAGGAUGAGGUACUUGCUGCGGGAUCCGCAUGCGCGUUCUUCAGAUUUUACUGAACUCUAGGCCAUGAACGUUUUUGCGGCGCUCUUGCGUCUGAGGUUUUACUCGUCACACCAUCAGGGUUACCUGUAUC